CUCUAUCAAUCUCUAUGGCUAAAACAGUCACCAGUACAGUUGCAUUUGUUUAAAAUGGCUUUUUAUUAUAAACAAUCUUCUAUUGUGAACUGAGUGAUGGGACUCAAACAUUUAACAGUACUGUAAAAAGUUCGAGACUUCUUGGGUCACAUGAGUGGAAACAGAGGCUAGUCUGCCAUCAGUGUUGAGCCAGCCAGUUAACGUUAGCUAACUCCUAUUGAAGCCAAACAAUUGACGGCUUGAAAAAAAGCUUUUAACUAUCACAGUCCUUGGAUGUGUUCUUCAAAACUUGCCAACGACACACGUGACUAAGAACCCCGGCCAUUUUCUGUAGCACGUGAUCCGGGCCAGCUGAGACCGAGGGAGGCUUCAAUAAUUCACGGGUUUCAGAAUAUCUACACUGAGCAGUAAAGGUUCCUAUUCUCCAGAGGAAGAGCCCACGUGCCGUUUAAGAGCCAUGACCGCCAAGUCAUCCCUGCUGAAAGUCAUCCUGCUGGGAGACGGAGGAGUGGGGAAGAGCUCCCUCAUGAACCGCUACGUCACCAACAAGUUUGACACACACCUCUUCCACACCAUCGGCGUGGAGUUCCUCAACAAGGACCUGGAAGUGGACAGCCGUCUGGUCACCAUGCAGAUCUGGGACACGGCUGGACAGGAGCGUUUCCGCAGCCUCCGGACUCCCUUCUACCGCGGCUCCGACUGCUGCCUGCUCACCUUCAGCGUUGAUGACAACCAGAGCUUCCACAACCUGGCCAACUGGAAGAAGGAGUUCAUCUACUACGCUGACGUCAAGGAGCCCGAGAAGUUCCCCUUCGUGGUGCUGGGGAACAAGGUGGAUGUGACGGAGAGGCAGGUGUCUGCUGAGGAUGCUCAACAGUGGUGUCGGGAUAACGGCAAUCACCCUUACUAUGAGACCAGUGCCAAGGAUUCCACCAACGUAGCUAUAGCCUUUGAGGAGGCGGUGCGGAAUGUGCUAGCCAUGGAGGAGAGGGCAGACCACCUCAUCCCCACAGACACAGUUAACCUCCACAGAAAGCCCCGCUCCAGUGCUUUCUGCUGUUGAUAUAAUGUAGGGCCUACAACCUAUAAAGAACUGGAGCUAGGAAGACACACAGGCUUAUCAACACUCAUGCUCUCUCAAAUAGCAUGUGCAAGCACUGGCUAGUGUCUGGAUGAUAAUCCACUGGGCUUGUUGGUCUCUGGACUCAUUGAUGUGAAGAGGGUACUGAAGAAUGGUGUUAUUUGUCAGAUUCCAAGAAAUGCAUUAUAAUUUCAAUCUGUGCCGUAUUUGAAUUAUAUAGUCUUAAAACGUAUUACAACAAUGUGGUUGCCAGAAAUAUAUUUAUAAAGUUUAAUUUCCAAAUAAUGUUACACACUAAGUUCCUUUUUUUAUUUUGUUGUAGAAAGGGUUUCUUACACUGUGACUGAAACCAAUGUGCUGCCUUACCAGUGAAAAUAUAUUUGAUUGCGUUCAAAUUGUAUUCAGGACCUUAUCCAGAGAUAUGACCCCAAAUGUGAUACUUUAAAAGCAAGUCACUUUAAUCAACUGACCUGAAUGGGAUUAGAAUAUACAUAAUAUAUUCAUAUUUAUAACAACAAAUGUUGAUAGAUUAAUUUAUGCAGUAUUUUUAUUUGAUUAAGAUCAAGGUUUACUGUCACUACUUUAUUGUAGAGGGAGAAAUGUAAGCAGAAAUGAAGGCUUAUGAUUUCUUACUGUUUAUUAUAGGUGCUGAGAAUUCUAUACAACUUGCUGGCCUUGCAAUAUUUGUUCUCAACAUACCGUAAUUAAUGAGUUAUCAUUAUGUAAUGGACUACAUGUUUUAACACCUGCACAGAAGGAUAAGAGAUGAGGAAUGUUCAAUAAAUAGUUGAGUUGG